AUUUGUCCGAAUAUCCACAAUGUUUUUUUUUAACCAUCCGAAUAUCCACAAUGUUAUCAUAUCGUUGAAAGGAAUGUACAGUUUUCAUCGUUCUUUCUUUUUUUUUUUUUGACAACCAGUUUUCAACGUUCAAAGUUCGUUUGACUACUAAAGAUUAUGACAUUAUUAUGUGUACUAGUACAUAUAAUAUUCCAACUUGAAUAUGAAAGUUAAGCUGAUAAGGCAUAUGUGUGAAUCUUUGAACUUUUAAUAAUUAAAUAUUAUAAUUGACUUUGCACCAUUUGAUGUAUUAUAGUUCGAGUUUAAUGAUAGAAACUGAGAUUGGGAAAAUAAUUUUUAAUCAGACAAGGCAAAAAAAAGUAUAUAAAAGCUAUACACGGUUAAGAGAAUUACUGUUUACAACCCACUAUAACCGAAAAUAACGAUUAAUGUUCUGUUAACCAUAUUUUGUAAGGCAACGGUAACAUUCUAUACUAAAUACUAAUACUAUGAUUAAAAGUGUAUAACCGAACCCUAAUAACAAUUGACUUUUUUUAUUAACUGACAAGAUGAAAUAGUCAAACACUUACAGACGUGGUAAGCAAAACCUUGUCGUCAUUAUUAUAAUACUUAGAUGUAAUUGUCUAAGUAUAUAAAAAAACUAAGGCUUAUACAUCUAAGUCAAUGAUUUUUUUGGUUUGGUUCUAUAUAUAUUCACAGGUAAGCAUUCAUCGUCAACUCAAAGACCAAUCUCUCUAUAUAACUUGUUAAAAAACACAUCUUCUCUUCAUAGCAUCAAAAGAGUAGAAGCCAAGUUAACACCAUCAAAAGAUUCAAGAAGAAGAGAAGAGAGAGCUUACAUCUUUCAAUGGCGAAAAAGGCCAAGUUUGCUUUCUUCUCUUCAUCAUCUCCUAAGUCUCUCCCUUCUUCUCCUUCUUCAUUCACAUCUUUCCCAGCUUCUCCUCUGAGCCAGAACUUUACUCAGUCUUCCAUGGAGGAAGCCGUGGAGAGAGCAGAAGCCGUCAUCAGAAAAUGGGAUCCAAACACGCCUUCCUUCACCAAGAUCGUCUCUCUGUUCAACCACAGCAGAAAAGAAGCCAAAGAGUUCAUCAUAUGCGUCCGUGACCUGCGCAAAGCGAUGCACUUUCUUGUCUCCCAAGACUCUCAAUCCCAUAAGCUUGCUCUUGCGCAGACCCUGAUGCAAAUCGCCAUGACGAGGCUGGAGAAAGAGUUCUUCCAGAUAUUAUCUUCAAACAGAGACAAGCUUGACCCUGAAUCAGUUUCAGGUCAAUCCUCAAUCUCCAGCAACUCCGAGUUUGAAGAUAUCAUGCAAUCUGAUGAUGAAGAUGAGAUCAAGAAAGCCGGUGAGUCCAUCACUCAGGUUGAGAAAGCUUCAGCUGUGGUGAUGUCUGACUUAAAGGCCAUAGCAGAGAGUAUGAUCAGCUGCGGAUACGGAAAAGAGUGUGUAAAGAUUUACAAAAGGAUCAGAAAGUCGAUAGUGGAUGAAGGGCUGAGCUUGCUUGGGAUCGAAACCUACAAAGCCCCAAGAUUUCACAGAACGGACUGGGUCACGCUCGAGCAUAUGAUCAAGAACUGGAUCAGAGCUGCAAAGAUUGGCGUUGCCACGCUCUUCCGUGGAGAGAAACUUCUCUGUGACCAUGUCUUUUCAGCUUCGAACUCAACGAGAGAGUCGUGCUUUUACGAGAUUGCAUACGAAGCGGCCACUAACCUUUUCAAGUUCCCUGAGUUUGUAGCCAAGGAGAAGAAGUCUCAUGAGAGGAUCUUCUCUCUUAUGGAUCUCCAGGCUGCGAUCUCUGAUCUCUGGCAGGACGUAGAGAUGAUAUUCCACUUCGGUUCAGUAGCCGGUGUGAAGUCUCAGGCGCUCUCAUCAUUGGAAAAGCUAAAGGUUUCAAUCCACAGUGCUGUCGUUGAUUUUGAAUCAACCAUACAGAAGGAUUCAACGAAAACUCUUACACCUGGAGGAGGGGUUCAUAAGCUGACAAGAUCAACAAUGAGUUUCAUCUCCUCCCUUUCUAAACACAGCCGUGUCUUGUCUGAAAUCCUUGCAGACCAUCCGCUCCCGAGAAACACGGGGUCGCUUGAAUCUUACAUCAGAACUCCAGUCUCGGAAAAUGAAGAGCGCAAUCACGCACUCUCGGUCCAUUUCGCUUGGCUCAUCCUUGUCUUGCUAUGCAAGCUAGACACCAAAGCAGAGCAUUACAAGGACGUUUCACUAUCCUACCUCUUCCUUGCAAACAACCUUCACUUCAUCAUCGAAACGGUUCGUUCAACUCACCUGAGGGAUCUCCUCGGAGAUAAUUGGCUCACUAAGCACAGCGAUAAAUUAAACGCUUACGCUGCCAACUACGAGAUAGCAGCAUGGUCCAAUGUAUACAUGUCUUUACCAGAGGAACCCACAGAGCUAUCACCAGAGGAGGCCAAAACAUACUUCAAAAGGUUUCACACGGCUUUUGAGGAAGCAUAUAUGAAACAAUCAUCAAGAGUUGUAUCGGAUUCAAAACUUAGGGAUGGAUUGAAGGUUUCAAUAGCAAAGAAGCUUGUACCUGAAUACAGAGAGUUUUACAGGAAGUACUUACCAAUGCUUGGCCAAGAGAGAAACAUCGAGAUGCUAGUGAGGUUCAAGCCAGAUAACUUGGAGAAUUACAUCUCUGAUCUGUUCCAUGGAACACCAAUACUUGCCUCAUCUUCCGUCUCUUCAUCUUCGUCUUCUUCAUCAUGGAUGUCACUUGGGUGUGUUUCAGGCUGAGACACUACAGUUCUGUCUGAAUAUUGUUUUCAUUGUGUUCAAAAAUAAGUGAAGAAGAUAAAAACAAAACUGUUUACAUUAUUAAAAAUAUUUAACUGAGUUUCUCAUCACACAGAGCAUAAUGUGUUGUAGAACAUAAGCAUUGUUCACUCCUCAAAUAACUAGAAAACAAACGAAAUAGGAUA